AGGGUCAAUUGUUUUAUAAUGGGAACCAAAUAUGUUGUGAAGUACUUGCUGCACGUAGGACAUAUUUUUGUUGCAACACACAGCCAUCAUGGAGGCGGAACGAAUUUUACAAUAUCUGACCGAAGUUGAAGAGGCAGCAGAGGAUGUUCUUGCAAACAAACAACAGAUCGUGGAUCUGGACACGAAGCGGAAUAUGAACAGGGAAGCGUUGAAUGCUCUGAAACAUGAGAUGGCAUCGGAAGAAAAAGUGAAGGUUUGCUUUGGAAACAUGUUCAUCAAAUUCCCCAAAGCGAAGACGAAAGAGAUGAUACAGAGAGACCAGCAGCAGCUAGACAAGGAGAUCAACAACCUUCGCCAAGCCCUUAAAGACAAACUGAACCUCCUCAAUGAACUGCAAGGGAAACCGGAGCUGACAGGAUACAACCUGUCUCCUCUUUCCAAUGUCGAGUUGAAGGCCAUCAACCACCUGAUGAAGAGUUGAGGUUAGGGUUUUAGAUGGGGUCUGACCCAAUGGCGGCUGGUGGUCAUUUAUAUUGGAGGCUCUGGAACAGAAUUAAUGGAACAGUAUCAAACACAUGGUUUCAGGAACAACAUAUCCUAAACCCCACGUGGGCCCUCAACAGUGGGAGACCCCAUGUGGACCCUCAACAGUGGGAGAUGUUUUAGUCAAAUAUUAUAAAACGUAAAUAAAUGCAACAUGUAAAGUGCUGGUCCCUUGUAUCAUGAGCUAAAAUAAAAGAUUCCAGACAUUUUCCAU